UUCAUAAAUAAACAGUCCAAUGAUUGGGAUCUAGUGUUGCAGCAGUUGCUUUUUGUCUACAGGGCUGUACCACAUCCCAGUUUAGGGUUCUCACCAUUCGAGCUUGUGUAUGGCCACGAGAUUAAGGGGCCAUUACAGUUGGUGAAGCAGCAAUGGGAGGGGUUUAUGCCUUCUCCAGGAACUAACAUUCUGGACUUUGUAAGCAGCCUACAAAACACCCUCCGACACUCUUUAGCCCUUGCUAAAGAAAACCUGAAGGAUGCUCAAGAAGAGCAGAAGGCCUGGUAUGAUAAACAUACCAGAGAGCGUUCCUUCAAAGUAGGGGACCAGGUUAUGGUCUUGAAGGCGCAACAGGCCCAUAAAAUGGAAGCAUCAUGGGGAGGGCCAUUCACAGUCCAAGAGCACCUAGGAGCUGUUAACUAUCUCAUAGCAUUCCCCAUCUCAACCCUAAAGCCGAAAGUACGCCAUGUUAAUUCUCUAAAGCCCUUUUAUUCCAGAGAAUUACAGGUUUGUCAGUUUACAGCCCAGGGAGGAGAUGACGCUAAGUGGCCUGAAGGUGUCUACUACAAAGAAAAAAGUGACAGGGGCGUGGAAGAGGUAAACCUCUCCACAACCCUGGAACGUCUGCAACGGCAACAGAUCAAGGAGCUGUGCACUAGCUUCGCCCCAAUGUUCUCAGCCACCCCAGGACGGACCGAAUGGGCAUACCACUCAAUUGACACAGGCUGUGAAAUGCACCCACCACCUUCCAAAGACUUGUGGAUGGUCUUCUAGCAGGACUGGGAAAGUAUGCAGUUCCCUACCUCGAUGAUGUAGCCAUUUUUUUCUGAUUCCUGGGCAAAACACCCUGA